AUGGUAGCUUGGGCAGCUUUAGGCGCAAUGGGAACAAAAGCAUUAGCAUUUGGAGCAAAAGCACUUGGAGCUUAUGACGCAGUAAAUAAAAUGAGUGGAGGAAGGGUUUCGAAGACAUUAGAUGCAAAUAAAGGGAAGAUUGGAGGCUGGGUUGCAAAGAAGUUAAGAUUAAAUAAAAUAGGGCUCAUAAAUAAAGCAUCCAAUUUGGUUGCGACUGAGUCAGAAAAUGCUUUAGGAAAGGACGAUGAGUUUGCAAAACACGCAAAAGACUUUAAUGACCAGAUGAAAGGUGAAACAAUGCAUUUAAAUAGAUUCGAUGGAACUAAAGAAA